CACACAUCUUGUUUCCGCGUCUCCGCAAAAACGCGAGGUCCAGGUUGUAGACUCUUGUUCUGGUUGCAGGCCAAGUGGAACUGUACUGAAAAUGGGUCCAAUAGGUGCAGAGGCUGAUGAAAACCAGACAGUGGAAGAAAUGAAGGUGGAACAAUAUGGGCCACAAACAACUCCUAGAGGUGAACUGGUCCCUGACCCUGAGCCAGAGCUUAUAGAUAGUACCAAGCUGAUUGAGGUGCAAGUUGUCCUCAUAUUGGCCUACUGCUCCAUCAUCUUGCUUGGGGUAAUUGGCAACUCCUUGGUGAUCCACGUGGUGAUCAAAUUCAAGAGCAUGCGCACAGUAACCAACUUUUUCAUUGCCAAUCUGGCUGUGGCAGAUCUUUUGGUGAACACUCUGUGUCUACCAUUCACUCUUACCUAUACCUUAAUGGGGGAGUGGAAAAUGGGUCCUGUCCUGUGCCACCUGGUGCCCUAUGCCCAGGGCCUGGCAGUACAAGUAUCCACAAUCACCUUGACAGUAAUUGCCCUGGACCGGCACAGGUGCAUCGUCUACCACCUAGAGAGCAAAAUCUCCAAGCGAAUCAGCUUCCUGAUUAUUGGCUUGGCCUGGGGCAUCAGUGCCCUGCUGGCAAGUCCCCUGGCCAUCUUCCGGGAGUAUUCGCUGAUUGAGAUCAUUCCAGACUUUGAGAUUGUGGCCUGUACUGAAAAGUGGCCUGGCGAGGAGAAGAGCAUCUAUGGCACUGUCUACAGUCUUUCUUCCUUGUUGAUCUUGUAUGUUUUGCCUCUGGGCAUCAUAUCAUUUUCCUACACUCGCAUUUGGAGUAAAUUGAAGAACCAUGUCAGUCCUGGAGCUGCAAAUGACCACUACCAUCAGCGAAGGCAGAAAACCACCAAAAUGCUGGUGUGUGUGGUGGUGGUGUUUGCGGUCAGCUGGCUGCCUCUCCAUGCCUUCCAGCUUGCCGUUGACAUUGACAGCCAGGUCCUGGACCUGAAGGAGUACAAACUCAUCUUCACAGUGUUCCACAUCAUUGCCAUGUGCUCCACUUUUGCCAAUCCCCUUCUCUAUGGCUGGAUGAACAGCAACUAUAGAAAGGCUUUCCUCUCAGCCUUCCGCUGUGAGCAGCGGUUGGAUGCCAUUCACUCUGAGGUGUCCGUGACAUUCAAGGCUAAAAAGAACCUGGAGGUCAGAAAGAACAGUGGCCCCAAUGACUCUUUCACAGAGGCUACCAAUGUCUAAGGAAGCUGUGGUGUGAAAAUGUAUGGAUGAAUUCUGACCAGAGCUAUGAAUCUGGUUGAUGGCGGCUCACAAGUGAAAACUGAUUUCCCAUUUUAAAGAAGAAGAGGAUCUAAAUGGAAGCAUCUGCUGUUUAAUUCCUGGAAAACUGGCUGGGCAGAGCUUGUGUGAAAAUACCUGAAUUCAAAGAUAAGGCAACAAAAUGGUUUACUUAACAGUUGGUUGGGUAGUAGGUUGAAUUAUGAGUAAAGGCAGAGAGAAGUACUUUUGAUUAUUUUCCUGGAGUGAAGAAAACUUGAACAAGAAAUUGGUAUUAUCAGCAUUGCUAAGAGACGGUGGGAAAGUAAGUUGACUUUCAAAUCACAUUAGGACCUAGACUGGGGAGCUGGGCAGUUCACUGCUCCCUGCUUGGCUGAUGAAAACACCACUGAACAGAAAUUUCUCCAGGGAGCCACAGGCUGUCGUUCAUCGCAUUUUGAUUUUUUUGUUCAUUCUCUAGACAAAAUCCAUCAGGGAAUGCUGCAGGAAAAGAUUGCCAACUAUAUGAAUGACUUUGGGGAAAUAAACUGAAAUUUGCUAUAUAAUUAAUAGUUUGGCAGAUGAUAGGGGAACUCCUCAACACUCAGUGAGCCAAUUGUUCUUAAAACCAAUUGCACGUUUAGUGAAAGUUUCUUCAACUCUGAAUCAAAAGCUGAACUUCUCAGAAUUACAGGAAAUGCAAACCAUCAUUUAAUUUCUAAUUUCAAGUUACAUCUGCUUUAUGGAGAUACUAUUUAGAUAACAAGCAUACAACUUGAUACUUUUAUUGUUAUACCUUUUUGAACAUGUAUGAUUUCUGUUAUUAUUCCUAUUGGAGCUAAAUUUGUCUACACUAAAAUUUAAAUCAGACUAGAGAAUAAUUCUUGUGGCAUGUUGUAACAUUUCAAAGUAUUUAUAAGCUAUUUUUGCACAGGUACAUAGUUCUCAUGUAUUAAAAGAACACUGCAGGCCGGGCGCGGUGGCUCACGCUUGUAAUCCCAGCACUUUGGGAGGCCGAGGCAGGCGGAUCACGAGGUCAGGAGA